AUGGCACCGCCUUUAGCAACAACAGCAGAUCUGCCAUCAUCAUCCACCACCCGAGCUGUACGUGUAAGCGACACUCCGCUUUCAGACCUUGCUAAAAGUGGAAACUUCAUCACUCGUCAAGUUCCCGUGCCAUUUGAUGAUGCUGCAUUCACCAAUGCAGCACUGCUAGAAUAUACAGAUUCGUUGGGUGAAUCGAUCGAUAUAGCUGUUGGACAAACAUUUAAGGACAAGAGUCGAUGCCAGUAUGUUCUAAGCCAAUUUGCAAUUCGUAAUAAAUUCCAGUAUAAGGUACUGUACUCAAAUUCCAGCAGAUUUAGCGUGGUGUGCUUAGAAGAUAAAUGCAACUGGAGGGUUGACGCAAAAAUCGGCUACGAAAGAUGGGCAUCGUCUCACUUUACAGGUAAAAGAUUCAACUUGGUCACCACAAAUAUAUCUGAGUGUGUUAACGCCCUCUUCAAAGAAGCGCGGGAAUACCCUGUUACCAAAUUGAUAGAGGCUGUAAGAUGUAAGAUACAAGAAUUAUUUUACAAGAGAAGAGAAUCUGCAGCCUUAUUUGUCGGUCAAUUGACACCAUGGGCGGAGCAACAGUUGAAGGAUCUUAUACAAAAGGCGCGAGAUGUUCGCUGUCAUCCGAUUUCUCGAGAUGAGUACUACGUCGUGGAAAAUUAUAAUGAUACAGUCAAGCUCAGCUCGCUUUCAUGUACAUGUCGUGAGUUUGACAUGAAGGGAUACCCUUGUUUGCAUGCCCUGUCCUCAUGUAUAAAUUACAAUCUUCCUCAUUACUCGUACUGCUCCCCAUUCUACACAGUGCAAAAUCACUUGAGCACAUAUAACGAAUCGGUGUACCCAGUACGUGAUAUGAACGAAUGGGAGAUUACCGAUGGCUUCAAGGAGUACUGUGUGAAAAUUAAACCCCCGGGACAGAAGAGGCCAUCUGGAAGACCAAAAAAGUUAAGAAUUCCCUCACGUGGAGAAGAAUCAAAAACAUUAAAGUGCGGUCGAUGCAAUCAAUCCGGACAUAAUCGUCGGACGUGCAAGUUUCCCAUACCUGAUGUGUAG